AUGGACAAAUUGACCGCCACGCUGGCCAAAGUCAAUUAUCCGUCCGAGGUAGAGAAUGGUUCCAUGUUGUUGGUAGUCACUCUGGUUAUACUGUUUCUGUGGUUCAUAAUCCCCAGCCCCGUGAAACGCAGCAAUGUGUCUGUACCAACUGUUACACUCUUCAACCCUUAUCUGCCGGAGUUCCUGAGUCGCGUAUGGUUCAAUUCAACAGCGGCGACUGUGAUUUACAAGGGAUAUCGCCAGCAUAAGGAUCGGGCAUUCCGCCUUCUCAAGCCGGACGGGGAUAUUAUCGUAUUAUCGAAUAAGUAUGUGGAGGAACUGCGGCAGCUACCUCUCACAACGCUUAACGCUUUAGAAGCGGUGUUCGAGGAUCAUGUUGGCAAGUAUACGACAAUCCUGAACGAUAGUCACCUCCAUACCGAGGUUAUACAAAAGCGCCUGACUCCUGCCAUCAGCCGGUUCAUACCAAGGAUUAUAGACGAAUUAGAUCAUGGCUUUGCUGUUGAGAUGCCAGAGUGCGAAGAUAAAUGGGCCCUAAUCAGACCAUAUGAGGUUUUCCUCCGCCUAGUCGCUCGAGCCGGUGCCCGUGUGUUUGUCGGACCAGAAAUCUGCCGUACUGAGAAAUGGCUGACUGCCUCAAUCGACUUUACUAAAAAUAUAUUCAUGACAAUCACACUUCUACGUCCCAUACCAAGCUUCCUCCACCCGAUCAUUGGGCCAAUGUUACCCAGCAGCCGCAGUCUGGAUACACAGCUACGAUACGUCCAAGAUGAGCUCCUCGGCCCAGAGAUAGUGAAGCGCCGGCAGAGGCAAGCGUCGGGAGAUCCAGACUAUGAGAAGCCGGAUGAUUUCCUCCAGUGGAUGAUAGAUCUAGCUCAGAAUGAUAAAGAGGGCGAUCCAGGCAAUAUCGCUCAUCGUCUGCUGGGUCUGACUAGUAUGGCAGUGGUGCAUACAAGCGCCAUGUCUAUCACUCAUGGGUUGUAUGAUCUUAUCACGAUGUCUCAGUGGCUUGAGCCCCUCCGUCAGGAGAUCCAGGAGGCCAUGCCCGACUGGAAGUCUUCCAGUUACAGUAGUCUGGUUUCGCUUCGGCGAUUGGAUAGCUUUCUCAAGGAGUCGCAGCGCUUUAAUCCCCCCGGCGAGCUAUCGUUCCACCGGGUGGUGAAAAAAGACCUAGUCUUCUCUGAUGGCCUCCGACUUCCAAAGGGUACCCAUAUUUGCAUGGCAUCUGGACCCAUCGGCAUGGAUACCAAGUACGUCUCCGACCCUACCACUUUCGAUGCAUUCCGCUACGUCGAUGGGGACAAAGCUCAGUCCCAGUUUGUCCACACCAGUGCUACAAGCAUGCACUUCGGUCUGGGUCGGUAUGCAUGUCCCGGUCGCUUCUUCGCAACUUUUGUCUUGAAGGCCAUUCUCAGUCGAUUCCUUGUGGAGUAUGAAUUUCGAUUUGGGCCUGAUCAAGUAGGAAGGCCGAAGAAUAUGUUGCUGGGUGAUAAGAUCGUUCCCAAUACCUCUGUGGAUGUGUACGUGCGAAAGCGUACUGGAUCGCGGAGUACAGCGUAG